AUGAAGUCCUUGAAACUUUUGCUCGUGCUCUCCAUGGCGUGGGCUGCAAGGCAGGCUCCGCAAUGUGAUGAGAAUGCCAUGCUGCAAGCAGAGUCACCAAGACCGAGGGGCUACAGACGAAGACCGAGGAGCUCCAGAAGCUUCGCAUUGCCUUUGGGAUAUACGAUUUUAGGGCCUGGUCGUCAGGUGGUGGCGCGGUUGUUGCUGCCCAUCACAGUGCCAUGCCCUGCAGAGUUGCGUGUGACCAUGGGAGAUCGCAAGCAGCUAGUACCCGUUCGUGUGAGAGCCGAGCCUCAUUUUGGCAUACAUGGGGCGUGGUUUACAGAAGGCCAGCGUUUUCAGCACCUAACUGGCACCAACUACGCCUUUGCAAAUCCCAUCAGUCCAUUUGCCUAUGAAGACCGGGUUUGUGAAGCUCCGUUUGUCCCAGAAUUCUUGGGUGAGGGCAUUGUGGCCGCGUUCCAGUUGCAGGACGGCAGUUCAGUCAAAGUGCCCAUGCCAGCAAGACAACCAAAGAGGUUCCUGGUCAUGGGUGACACUGGCUUGAGGAUCAAGGCUAAAAAUGAUGGAUGGUGCUCAGAGAAACUACGAAAUCCCAAAAACCUUUACGGUGGAAAGACCUGUCCAUUGGAGUCGCUGCUCAGCAACUACAAUGCCAGUCUGGUGGAUGGUUUAUUUCAAAGUAACAGCAACAGAGCUGACCCAGCCCUCAAUGGCUGGCCCUUUGAGGAGGUGUGCGAGCGCGUGUGGAAGUCCAGUCGGCGAGGCGAUGUGAUGGUGCACGUGGGCGACUACUUGUACUCUCACAACGAAUGUCCUUUUCCCUUUCCAGAUCAACCUCCUGCCGGAGAAGAACGCGUCUUCGGUGACUGCACUGGAGUGGGUGAUGACUGGGGUGACACAAGCGCUGGUUGGAUUCGUGAGUUCUUUGGUCCAGCACGUGACCUGCUUCGUCGGUUGCCAUGGAUUGUACUACGGGGAAAUCACGAGGAGUGCGCGCGAAGUGGUCAUGGAUGGUUCCGCUACCUAGAGCCCAGACCAAGUGAGUCCUUUGUGGGGGGUGGUGACAUCAAUGCUCCUUACUGCGUCACCGGUUCCAACUCUUACAAUGUGGAAUUUGACCAUGACAACUGGUUAGUGGUUGAUACCAGUUCAGUGGCAGGUGAGGAGAUCAGUAUUGAUCACUACACAAUGGAAGAGUACACCAAGAUGGACGCGGAGGCGGCUGGAACAGCGCCAGUUCUUUCUUUGGACAAUUGUGACACAAAACCUGCCAGUGGUGACGAUCAUAUCGCGAAGUUCCAGCAACUCACUCAGCUUAGCAACUCUGCUAGUCGCCAGUGGCUUGCCUCUCACCGGCCUUUGUUUGGAUUGACCUUUCAGGAUCACGGUUCUGGUGGUCAGCUCUAUUCCUUUCAGUGUCAGCUGUCUGAUACCUUGGCCAAGUCCGCUAUCUCCUUGCCCAACGUUGCAGCUGUUGUCAGUGGACAUUUCCACGGCUGGCAGCUGGUGGAAUUUCAGGAGACGCGGCCUGCGCAGCUUGUGGUGGGCAACAGCGGUACUCAAUUGGCCACGCCUCGCGAUGGGUCGCCCAAUGGCAUCUUUCGUGCUCAUGGGAGGCCGCUGCUUGGGCAAAACAUCUCCCACUCUCCGACCGUGGGCGAGUUUGGGUGGAGCCUUUUGGAUGUUUCUGGCGAAACGAACCCCAAGAUGUCUGCCUUCUUCUUGGCAGAUGAGGACUUUGAGUCGACCCCGGAGAUUCAUCGUACACUUGUCCGCCGCACCUUGCAAUUGAAUGAGACUUGGGCGCGAUAG